AUGACUGAGAGCAAAUUCGAGGAUAUUCCUCUGGAAUUCACAGUGGAACCGUCGGACGUGACGGUACCGGAAGGACACUCGGUCCUGCUACAGUGCGCUGGAAGGGUGGAUCCCAAGGUGUCCCUUCUACGAGAGGGAAAAGUCGCUCCAAACAUUCGAUGGCGUGGUCCGGACGGGCAGGAUAUUGGCAUCGUGGGAGAUACUUUUCGAUCGCAGCUGACCAAUGGGUCCCUGUACAUUAGCACUGUCGAGAGCAAUCGGGGCCUGACGGGGUUCUACCACUGUUUGCUCACGGUGGACGGAGUGGGGACGAUAGUGAGUCGAUCGGCCCGGGUGGCCAUUGCAGAUCGUCCCGAAAUCAACCAGGACUCACACGAAAUCUAUCUGUACACCGGUCAAACGGCUUACUUCAAGUGCAUGGCCAGCCCACUGCCGUCCAGUUUGGAGGCACGGUACCACGUCGAGUGGCUCAAGGACGAAUCCCCGCUACGAAUGGACUACACCCGGAUGCUCCUCUUACCUUCGGGUGCACUGGAAAUCGACGAAGUUAUUCCAGCCGAUCGGGGGACCUAUCAGUGCAACGUCAGCUCCGGGAUAUUUUCGACUCUAAGUAGCAAAUCGAAUCUGAACAUCAAGUCCACAGCUGGACAACCGCAGAGCUUCGAGCCGCCUUCUUUUGUGAUAGUUCCUCAACCUCAGACAGUCAGGGAAGGUGAUACGGUUAUUUUGGACUGUGUUGCCAAUGGGAACCCAAAGCCGACGAUCAAAUGGCUGCGAAAUGGCGAGGAGAUCGAUAUGAACGAUUUGGACUCGAGGUUUAGGAUAAUUGGAACGGGUUCGCUACAGAUAAACUCCAUCCAGGAUCUGGAUGCAGGUGACUAUCAGUGCAGAGCGAGCAAUUCGGAGGAUUCGUUGGAUGCCUCGGCAACUGUUCAGGUGCAGGUUCCACCGAAAUUCAUUCUAAGUCCGGAGGAUAAGACCGCUUUCGAGAAGGAGGAGUUGGAGUUGCAGUGUUCGAUUCAUGGGAAGCCAACGCCCAUUAUUCAGUGGUUGAAGAAUGGCGAUUUGAUUACGCCCAAUGAGUAUAUGCAAAUUGUUGGAGGGCACAACCUUAAAAUAUUUGGCCUUAUUGGAUCGGACGCGGGAAUGUUCCAGUGCAUCGGUACCAAUCCGGCUGGUAGCGUUCAAGCUGCAGCCCGUCUCGAGAUCAUCGAACCAGGACAAAAACGACACAAGAGCAAAAAGUACCACCAGAACCAAGGCAAAAUGAAGUCCUACGAAAAGCCCAUCCAUUCCGAUCCCAAACUUUCCAAGGGCAUUCUGGACAGCUUGCUGUCCAAAACGAAAGACAAGGCGAACAUAAAUCAGAACAAAUUUAACUACGAUGACUACACAGACGACGACUACCUCGAGCACGAGGAAGACCACGACGAGGACGAAGACGACUCCGGAAAAAUCUACGCCCUGCGACCCAACGAAGACCCGAACAAGCUGUACCAAUCGCUGACGGGGUCCCGCUCGUCUGAACCCGGUGGCACCGAAAUUGGACACUUUUCUAAUUCCCACUAUCCCAUCAACGCCGUCACCCGGAAAUAUCCGAAAACGCCACUGCUAGAUGGGAGCGGAAAGUUUGCGGCGCCACUGCCGGGCCCACCGAGGGAUCUGCAGGCGCAGAUCGUGAAGCCGCGGUUUAUUACGUUGAGCUGGCUGGAACCGGCCAAGAACCCGGAUGAGGUUAUAUCGUAUUCGGUGUACUACAAGAUGCACACCAGCGAGAGAGAGCGCAAAAUCACCACCAAAUCCCGCGACGAACAGGAAGUCAACAUCCAGUCUCUUCUCCCCGGGAAGACAUACCAAUUCCGAGUGAUCGGAAAUAGCAACCAUGGAUCCGGAGAGUCAUCCCAAGUUCUAGAAGUUCGCACCCACUCCGAAGAGAACAUCGCAGGACCUCCGCAAAACAUCCGCGGUGAAGCUCUCAACGACAAAGAGAUCCAUCUUCAGUGGGAUCCUCCACUAAUCUCUACCGCCGAGAUCUCCAAGUAUCGAGUGUACUACGCCGAGAACGACAACGGCGAUGAGAUGUACUCGGACACCAUGUCCACGGAUAUCACCAUCAGCGAGCUUCGGCCUUACACCGAGUACACGCUCUACGUGGUGCCUUGGAACCAGAUGGGUAUGGGAGAUCCCUCGCACGAAAUCGUUGUCAAAACGCAUUCUUCCGUCCCAUCGGAAGCACCUUCGAAUGUCACACUGGAAGCGUCCAGCUCAACGUCGAUCACCAUCCGAUGGCAACCGCCACCAGUGGAAGACCGAAACGGACAGAUCACCGGCUACAAGAUUCGGUACAGAAAGAACAAGAAACCUCUCCAGGUGGAAACGACUCCGGCCAACGUUCGACACUGGGAACUGAAGGGCCUGGAGCGGUUAUCUGCGUACCAGGUCAAGAUCGCUGCCAUGACCGUCAACGGCUCGGGACCAUUCAGCGAAUGGCAUCACAUUGAGACGUACGAAAAUGACCUGGACGAGUCGCAGGUUCCCGGGCAGCCUGGGUGGAUUAAAACUCGCCCUGGCGCGGAAAGCAUAACUGUGCUUUGGGCUCCACCAAACCACCAAGAAAUCAAGGUCCGCAACUAUAUUCUCGGGUGGGGCAAAGGUAUCCCGGACGAAGACACAAGCGACGUCGAAGAACACAUUCGAUCGUUUGAAAUCCGAAAUCUGGAACCCAAUACGGAGUAUGUGAUAUCGCUGCGAGCGCGGAACAAUAUGGGAGAUGGUCCGCCAAUCUACGACACCGUGCGGACUCGUGAAGACUCUCCCAUAGAAGCUCCAACUCCACUGGAAGUGCCAGUUGGACUGCGGGCCAUUCCCAUGUCCGGUACCUCAAUUGUAGUGUAUUGGACGGAUACAACGCUAAGUAAAAGUCAACAUGUCACCGAUAAUCGGUACUACGUGGUGAAGUUCACUCCGACCUCAUCUACCAGAAUCCGAUUUUAUAACACAACUGACCUCAACUGCAUGAUUGGAGAUCUGCGACCCAACACUCAAUAUGAAUUCGCUGUCAAAGUCGUCAAAGGUCAUCGGCAAUCCGCGUGGUCCAUGUCAGUCAUCAAUUCCACCCAUCAAGCAGCCCCAGUCUCUCCUCCUCGAGAUCUCACGGUAUCCUACGACGAUCGCAAUCCCCUUACAGCCAUCCUUCAGUGGCAGCCCCCGAAGCACAGUAACAGCCCAAUCAACGGCUACGUGGUCCUCUACACCACCGAUCCCAACAAACGCGACCGGGAGUGGAAUGCUGAAGCGGUUGUCGGUGACAAAACGUCCGCCGAAAUCACCAAUCUAGAACCGCACACCACGUACUACUUCAAGGUGCAAACUCGCAACUCCAAAGGCUACGGUCUGUUUUCGGCCAUGGUGUCACAAACCACCGGAGCCGACGUAGACUCCAGCGAGAACCUCUCCAUGCCGAAGGCGAUUUCCUCGGAGAUGAUCUACGUGAUCGUGGGAUUCUCGAUACUGACAGCGGUUAUUGCCGUUUCGGUCGUGAUUCUCAUCUGUCGAAAGAAGCCGGAAGGAACUCCGGAACAUGCGAAGAAGAGCUACCAGAAGAACAAUGCGGGCAUUAUAAAGCCUCCGGACCUUUGGAUCCACCACGAUCAGAUGGAACUGAAGAAUAUGGACAAAAGCAAUCACAGUACGACGCCGGGAUCGGUGGAUGGCGGCGCUUCCAGUAGCGGAGCCAUGACGUUGCCCCGAUCAGUCGGAGGGCACGAAUUUGACAGUGAAACACCAAUAACGCACGUGACGAACUCGUUGGAUAAGCGAAGCUACGUUCCUGGUUAUACAGGAACAACGACUCCACUGAGUUCCACGAUGGAACGACCGCAGUACCCCCGCACUCAGUACAACAUGGCAUCCAGGCCGCAUAUAUCUCUCGACCAGCAGACACUGUCCCAGCAGAGUCUGCUGCAACAGCCCCCACAGCUGCCUCCGGCAAACUCUUUGGUCCAAACGCCGGAGAAUCCAUACACCUACGAAGGAAACUAUAGUAAUCCCAAUGUGACGUACGCUCCGGGAAUGACCGUAGAUGCUCCAAAGCGGGGGCAGGGUCAUCCGCUCAAGAGUUUCAGUGUACCUGCACCACCCGCAUCAACGCCGAUCAUCAGUAGUCAGGGUAAACAUGCACAAACCCCCUCGGUAACGAUACGUCCGCAGAACUCGUCCCCCUACAAGAAACCCCCGUCGCUGUCGACAAGCUCGCUCACCAACCGGCUACAAACCGGUCCAGCAGUGCAGCACUCCACCGACGAAAUCCAACGGUUGGCUCCGUCCACGUCGACCGAGGAACUCAACCAGGAGAUGGCCAACCUCGAGGGACUGAUGAAGGAUCUCAGUGCAAUAACGGCCAACGAGUUCGAGUGCUGAACGGAGGAGGGAAGGUCCCAGCGGGGACCGACGUGAAAGUGAUGUACGGUUUAGUCAUUCUCGUUUAAUAAUUCACAAAAUUACUUUUAGUUUAAUGCGAAAUUCUUAGAAAGCUCUCUUCUUCGAUUCUAUGGCCUUUGUUCAUAGAAUACUUAAGAUGGAAGGCUUCGUACGUGUCGUCAGAUUAUGUGUAUACAAGUCAAGUGCUUUCCCACUGAUCCUUUCACUCUCUGAAACCGAAUCGUAAUAUAUGUGGAUUAAGUGUUCUAAAAUUAUUUAUUUAUUCUCGUGAAAACAAAAAACACUGAAUCAAAAUCGUACUAAGAAAGUGAAUGAUUUAUCUGUAUAAAAUAAUCCAACUAGGUACCGAAGGCAUGCAACGUCAAUGCUUUCAAAAAUGGUUUCGUUUAUCGUACAUUUUGUCCAGUGGAGAGCGAAUUCGAGUAAGAUAAUUAAAUGGAAAUCCACCAGCUGUACAUAGAGCUUAUCGAUAAGGCUUUCAUGCAUGCUAACGUUAUCAGAAACACGGCAUGGAUCGAUAUUAUAGUGUCGUACGUCACUGCAUUCGGCUAGCAAAGUGAUGAGCGACCGAGCCAUUUCCCAAUAGACGAUUUUAUUAUGAUUUAUAAAUUAAAUAUUUUAACUUUUAACUAUUGUCCCGAUAGCUAGCAUUUCAUUCCCAGUGAUUUUUUAAUUUUAGAUUGAAUUUUAAGGUAGUUAUUUUGUAGAACGUCGACGGUGCUACCGGAGAUUGCAAAACGCAUUUAUGUUCUUUACUAGUUUUUGAAGUAAGAUUGAUUAUGAGAGUUCAACGAAUACAAGGGAUUGUCUCAAAAAUAUACAACCAGAGGAAUCUACACCCAGGGAUCAAAUCAUUCACUCAUAAGCCGAAAACGAUGAUAAACCUUCUAUGUUUCUGUUUGAGGUGUUUGUAAAGUGAAGUAUCUCAGCAAGAAUUUGUUACAUAGUAUGGUUGAAUCAAUUAAUCAGCAUUAAAUUUCUGUUGGGAUAAUUCAAUUUGCAGUUUCGCCACAAACUCAAAAUGGAGCUCAACGUCAACUGCCAUAUGUCAACUCAUCGAUUGAUUGCAUUUAAGUUCCAUAUUUUAGCCACCUUUUCACAUAGUUAGCCAGCUUUCCGUCAUUGUAAAUGUAAAUCGCACUCAAUUUCGAAAUAUCUCAAACUUCAAUCUAACCAAUCAAGUAUACAUAAUUUACACAAAUCUGAAGAAAAAAAUCAAUGUACAGUAGUCGUAUUUUAUAAACUCAAGAUUUUUACACCCAAAUUUCCAAUCCUCAUAGGACAAAAGCACACUGAAACACAUCAUCACAUUGAAACCAUACAUCAACACACACAAGGAACACAAAAUGCAAGGGAUCACACAUGCAAACACAAACACACAUUACACAGUCACAAUUCCCACCACCUCACAGCAAAUGAGUUCGAAUGAGCGAAAUCGAAGAAUUGCCCAAGAAAACAAAACUUUUUAUACGUAUUAUACAAGAAUAGUCAUACCAAUCGAAGACGCGAAGUGGUAAUGGAUUUUUAACCAAAUGAUUGCUUCAGUAAAAUGCCUAAUAAAAAUGAUUUUUUGUAAUCGAAAAAGAAAUCUACUCGGAUCUUAUAAUCUAGCAAAUUGGAAAAAAAAACUUGUUGGUUUCCAUUAUACACUAAAACAACAGAAUCGGGACACUGAAUUGGCUGCUAAAUGUAGGUAAUAGAACAAAUAUAAUUCAAUGCCUAAUGUAAAUAUUAUCACUUUUGUGGAAUCGUAUUUAUUACAACGGAAAUCCGGAAAAAAGCAACUGCCUAAUUCAGUCUGUUUCGUAAAUCGUCACGCAAGUUUGCCCGUUUCGUGGUUCAAUUUUGAAUUUAAAUUUGGUUUGAAAGCACUGAACCAAAACAGCAAAUAGAACAUGACAAAAUGAUCGUGUACAUUUGUACAUGGUAUACACUGAAACAAAAACUUGGGCAGCACGAAAAAUGCUGAACGAAUAUGACCGUCAAUACGGCAGUGAGAAUUCGAAACAAACAAACACAACUAUGGAUAGAAUAAUAAAUCCUAAUAAAAAUUAUUGAAGAAAA